AUGGGAACCCGCGAGGCUGAACUCGAAGCUUACAAAAAAGCACGAUUGGAGCUCAAAAAGGAAAUCCGUAAGGCACAGGAAAGAAGCUGGUCGGAGCUGUGCCGAUCAGUUGAUAGUGACCCAUGGGGAGUUUCCUACAGGCUGGUUACCAAGAGGUUAGGCCGCCGAUCGCCGGCUAUGGACCAAGCAGCCAGAGUAUGCGUGGCUCGUGGUCUAUUCCCACAAUCACCACGGACGGACUGGGAAAGCAUUCCUACAUCAGGUGGAGCGACGGCCACCUAUGCUAUUCUACCCGACGCGCCGUUAGGUAUACCGCUGUUUACCGCCGACGAAGUGGCGCGGGUCGUCAGCAAGCUGCCGACGGGCAAGGCACCCGGACCAGACCUCAUUCCAUAUGAGCUCAUCAAAUUAACGUUCAAGAAGUUUCCCGAUGUGUUCGUAGACUGCUACAACGCCUGUCUCUUGGAGGGGACCUUCCCCACGCCAUGGAAACGUGCCAAGCUGGUGCUACUACACAAAGGCAAAGGGAAACCGAAAAAUGUCCCGUCGAGCUACCGUCCAAUUAGCCUACUGGACGGCUCCGGUAAGGUACUGGAGAGGUUGCUGUUAGAAAGGUUGAUCCGUCACAUUGACAGUGUUGGUGCACUGAGUGACCUCCAGUUCGGUUUUAGGCGAUCGAGGUCUACUGUGGACGCAAUUCAACAGGUCUUGAGCGCAGCCAAGGCUGCGGGCAGCGGUGCAGUUCAGAAAAAAGAGUGUCUUGGUGACGAUUGA